AUGGCCAAACGACUUGUUGCACCCUUGGACAGGUUACAUCCCCAGGACUGUGCAGAGAUUUACAGGCUUGGGAUCAAAGAGAAUGGAAUCUACACCAUCCAGCCUGACCUGCAAAGGCCGGCAUUGGAGGCUAAAUGUGACAUGGAGAUGGCAGGUGGUGGGUGGACAGUGAUCCAGAAUCGGCGGGACGGCUCGGUGGACUUCAACAGGACAUGGCAGGAAUACCGGGAGGGCUUUGGCGGUCCGCAGGGAGAGCACUGGCUGGGGAACGCAGCGCUGCAAGCCCUUACCUCCACUGGCCAGCACCAACUCCGCAUCGAGCUGGAGGACUGGCACCAGCAGAAACGCCAUGCUACCUACAGCAACUUCAAAGUGGCAUCAGAGGCACAGAGGUAUCGUCUAACAGCACGGGAGUACUCUGGUGAUGCAGGCAACGCAUUGAGCUACAGCAAACGUUACAACCAUGAUGGCAGAUCCUUCAGCACGUCUGACCGAGACCACGACCGCUAUGCAGCUGGAAACUGUGGUCAGUACUACGGUGCAGGCUGGUGGUUUGAUGCCUGCUUGGCAGCUAACCUGAAUGGACGGUAUUACCGUGGGCGCUACAGUGGGGUGACCAACGGGAUCUACUGGGGGACAUGGUACAUCCUGACAGAUGGACAAACUGGAGAGCGCUACUCCUUCAAGAGGGUGGAGAUGAAGACGAGACCCAAAAACUUUGUAGGAACAUCCUAAAUAAUGAUGGCAAUUCUCACAGAUAAUCAUGUCAACCACACUUUUCUUUAGUCACUGUGUGGACAUCACUCUCCUCGAGCCUCUUUCAUGUCGCUCAGUAGUUACAUGCAGAUGGCAGCUAAUAGAUUAAAGAAAGAAACAUAGUAAUGUAAAAGAAAGUAAUGUGUAGACAUCCACUAGCAAACAGUUUGAAGCUUCACUCCAUAUUACGA